CAGCGACGGCUGUGGGGAGGAGGAGCAGGAGGAGGAGCCAGGCCGGCCUCCUUCCCUUCGGCUCUCGAGUCCAUUUCCCCAGCUCUAGUGGCACAAACGCACUAGGCGAGCGCCGCCGCUGCCCAAGCCAGGAUCGUACAAACCCCUCUUCGCCGCCGCUACCGCCUUCUCCUUCCCGUCUUCUCCAAGACUCUCCGAGCGCUCAGCCGAUCCUGUCCCCUGGGGCUGCACCGAAGAAGCGCGCGGGGAAACUCCAGUUUACAAGGCGAGGGGAAGGGGAGGGGGGCACGACGCCAGCUUCCUGCUUGCAAAGAAGGGAGGCGGGGGGAGAGAGCAGCAGCAGAAGAAGACGAAGACGAGGAGGAGAAGCAGCAGCAACAACCAAAGGCUGAAGUCCUAACCACCGUAUCAGUUCUGUUUUGGUGGUGGUGUCGAAAGUGCAGAGUGGUUGGGAAGCUACCUCACUUGCCAGGGUCUUGUCCUUUCGUUUUGCCCCAGAAUGCUUGCUGUUUGCCGACACUGAGGGAGGCACAAUGGGGCUUGCCUCCUAACUCCAGUUAACAGCCCCCUCCAUCCCAAAUCCCAAACCCACAUCUGUCGUGGCGACCGUGGAGUGUCGCCUCUGGGGGCGGAGCCCACCUCGGUCUCUCCUUAUUGGUUCUGGAUGGAAUUGCGGUGAAUGGAACAGAAGCCCAGCACGGUGGAGUGCCUGUCAGAGCCAGAGGACACCCGGUGGCCGGAUGGGAAACGUAAAAGAAAAAGCAGCCAAUGUUCGGUGAAAAGCAGUAUGUCAGGGUACAUCCCUAGCUACUUGGACAAAGAUGAGCAGUGUGUCGUAUGUGGAGACAAAGCCACGGGGUACCACUACCGAUGUAUUACCUGUGAAGGCUGCAAGGGAUUUUUCCGACGGACCAUCCAGAAGAACCUGCACCCAACAUACUCCUGCAAGUAUGAUGGCUCCUGUGUUAUCGACAAGAUCACCCGCAACCAGUGCCAGCUUUGCCGAUUCAAGAAGUGCAUUGCCGUUGGCAUGGCCAUGGACUUGGUGCUGGAUGACUCCAAGAGGGUAGCCAAGCGGAAGCUGAUUGAAGAAAACCGGGAAAGGCGGCGCAAAGAAGAGAUGAUGAAAUCCCUUCAGCACAGACCAGAGCCAACCACAGAGGAAUGGGAGCUGAUCCACAUUGCCACAGAGGCACACCGCACUACAAAUGCCCAAGGCAGCCACUGGAAACAGAAGCGGAAAUUUCUGCCCGAAGAUAUUGGUCAGUCACCAAUGGCCUCCAUGCCUGAUGGAGACAAAGUGGACUUGGAGGCAUUUAGUGAGUUUACGAAGAUCAUCACCCCCGCCAUUACCCGUGUGGUGGAUUUUGCCAAAAAACUGCCCAUGUUUUCAGAGCUGCCUUGUGAGGACCAGAUCAUCCUUUUGAAGGGCUGCUGCAUGGAGAUCAUGUCGCUGCGGGCGGCUGUGCGCUAUGACCCUGAAAGUGAGACGCUGACACUAAGCGGUGAAAUGGCUGUCAAGCGGGAGCAGCUGAAGAAUGGUGGUUUGGGCGUGGUGUCAGAUGCCAUCUUUGAUCUGGGCAAAUCCCUCUCUGCCUUCAACCUGGAUGACACCGAAGUGGCGCUGCUCCAGGCUGUGCUGCUCAUGUCAUCAGACCGCAGUGGGCUGAUUUGCGUCGACAAGAUUGAGAAAUGCCAAGAGACCUACCUGCUGGCAUUUGAACACUACAUCAACUAUCGCAAACAUAACAUUCCCCACUUCUGGCCUAAGCUCCUCAUGAAGGUGACAGACCUGCGCAUGAUUGGGGCUUGCCACGCCAGCCGCUUCCUGCACAUGAAGGUGGAGUGCCCCACGGAACUCUUUCCCCCGCUGUUCCUUGAGGUCUUCGAGGAUCAGGAAGUCUAGGGGGGGAGGGGAGGGCAAACAGGGUGGUGUGGGCGAAUUGGGGAGGUGGGGCAAUUUGGGACUGGGGCGAUGUCUGGACUUGGGCCACAGGGCCCCCACCUCAUCACCUCGGACACAACAGAUUUUCUUUUUUUGUUCUGUUUUGUUUUCAUUUUUCUUUUAAUUUUUUUGUUUCGUUUUGUUUUUCUAAAUAUUGCACGUCAGCGUCAGUGAAUCACGUGGAAGGGGAGGCAGGGCGUCGAUAGGGGUUGGGCCACCAAAAAAAGGUUGAAACUAUACAAAAACUUUGUUACAAGGCAGAUUUGUGCAGUAGCCGACACUUUUUUUUUGUCUAGGCAGACUUACAAAAAAUUGAGUGGGCAAUGUGAUUCCUGCCCUACCCACCCCUGCUUAUCUUUCUUCCUCCAAUCCCCUUUUGUCCCAAAGUUGUCUUUCCAGGGUGAGACAUCUGUCUUAAAUUUUGACACAAUGUUAAAAUAAGAAAUUGAAUCCGCAUGUUACCCCCCCCCAAAAAAAAACCCUUUGCCCUUCUCCCCACUAAGGAAGAGUUUCCUCAUCCCCUCAGCACUGGAACCAGUUGGCACCUCUUCUUUAGCCCUGAUCAAACCUCUCUCGUUUAAACGGACUUGAUUACCAAUAUAUAUGAAUAUAUAUAUGUUUCUUUUGCACAUAACAGUCCCAGGAAACGUCAGAGUGUGUUUGGUUGUUUUGUUCUUCUUUUCAUUUUCUUUUAGAACUUUUAGCAUUUAGUUACCCUCCCCCGGAGGCUAAAAUAUAAAAUGCACUUUUUUUGUAAAAGAAAUAAAAGAUUUUUUUUAAAAAGAAAGAAAAAAGGAGCCGAGAGAGGAAGAGAGAAAUCCUAUUAAAUUAUUGGAGGCUGGGUAGGGAGGAGGGAAGUCACACGUAGUUUGGCAAAAUAAAUAAAAAAAUCCCAAAUUGAGGCUUGAGGUCCACUGUGUGAAGGACAAAUGCACUUUGAAACAGACAAAGACUCCCCCUCUCCACUCCUCCCUGGUGGAAAAACAGGUGAUUGAAUAAGAAAUCUAUUAUAUUUUGCUUCAAAUCGCACUGCAGGGCUUGAACCGAAGGGGUGCCUGCUUUUUAUUCCAGUGCUGAGGGGUAAAUUAUACAUCAACCUUCCUUCCUGCCCCUGCAACUCCCUCCUUUCUCCCAAGGCUUCAGCCAAACUACCUCCAUGUUGGGCAAGGUGGGCAGGUCUAGCAUGGCCCCACCCAAUCUUACAUUGCCCCUCCCCCCCAGCUGAAAGGCCUCAUGCAGUGUUCCCACUGGCUUUUAAAGGGCCCUUGCUCGUUCUUUUGCACACGCUUUCCUACACCACAGGGCGGUACACUUCUUGCUGCACUAAUAUUCUUGCUGCCCUCCCUUCCAUGCUCUUCUCUCUGGGGAUGCAAUGAGUCAGAAACCCUGACGCUUCUGCCCUCCAAGAGAACUAAGUAAGGGUCGAAUCCUUUUUCUUUUUUCUUUCUGUUUUCUUUUUGCAAAUGGCACUUAUCAAUAUAGAGGAUAGGGAAAAGGAUGAAACUCAUGAGGUGGCAGCAUCCCUCCCGCAACCCAGAGAUCUGCAAAUGUUCUAGCAUUGAGAGUUCUGGUGGAUGAUUAGCUCUGCAUAACCUAAUUGGGGAAGGUGCCAAGCAUUUUGUCCUCUGCUUAAAGACUCCCCCCGCCCCAAGCAGCAUCCCAUGCCCCAUACACUCUUAAAACCUUCAGCCCUUUUGUAGCACCAAUUGAACUCAAGCCCAUGGGGAAAAGGGGAAAGACUUGCGUUUUAACUGGCUCUUCUGGGGCAGGGACCAGGGGAUAGCACUGUUUCUAUGAGAAGGGUCAUCCCUGCCUGAUCCAGUCGGGUUUUUCCCUUUCGGAGGGCCAUUGGAUCAAGGUUAUCCAUGUUCUGGUGCACUUCCUUACCCAGUGUCGUCACGCCUGCCCACCCUAAUGCCAUGGGCAGAACCAAGCCCCUUAGCCUCAGGAUGCAUGAACUAGAUGGGAGGAAACCCAGUUGGAAAUUUGGGUGUGUAAUCCACCCUUUAGACAACUGAAUCAGCCAAGCUAGCAAGAGAAAGAAAUGCCCCAGGUUUUCAGUCUUGGUCUCACCUUCAUCUGUUGUUUUGACACAUUUUUUUCUUCAUUUUUGCAUUCUGCUUCUUUGUUUCUUCCCGGUAGUUUGGAGAAUGGGCAGAACUUCUGAAGCCCUGGCCAGCAAUUUGUUUCAUAGGAGGGCCACUUUGAGGAGGAGGGCAAAGUAGGGUGGUCAGGCUUUCCUUCCACUCCCCAAAGGGGGAGGGCCAGCAAGUCCCAUUGCCACAGCCACCAGGCCUUUCACACAGCUCUCCUGCCUCUUGGUUGGCUAUUGAAGGGAGAGGGAUGGCAUUUGGAACUUAGGGGGCUGGAUUUGGCACUUGAACCUCCAGCUGCUGAUCCCUUCUCUAAUUUUUUUUGGGGGGGCAGAAUUUUAAAGAAAAGACCACCAGCUUCCCACUUUCUUCUUUCUAUUUGUUUCACCCUUAAUGCAAACCAAACUGUGAUCACCUUAUUUUUGGCACUUAACGCUGUUAAUGGGUCAGAACUCUUGCCUGAGCCAUGUUUUCUGUGAUAGAUCCAUCUUUUUGUCAUCCUGUUAGCCAGACCUGUUUUUUUGCAACUUUAAUACUAGGGGAGUGGGGUGGUUCUUCUUUUACUACCCCCUUCCCUUCCUUUUCUUUCCUCUGCCACUUGGUUUCCGUUGGAAAAAAAAAACCCUUUACCUCUUACCUCAUUCAAGACGCCGUGGGAAACGUUAAACGUGAUGGGUUGGGUGCAUGUUGGAUGUACCAUUUUGAAGGUUCAGCGGCCGGCGCAUGGAGAAACACAGCUCCAGUUUAAGCUAAUAUACAGAAAUAUAUAUAUAAGUAUGUAUAAUUUUUUUUAAUUAAGAUAAAAUCUUUGUACGGGUCUGUUCACAAAAAAGAAAAAAAAAGAAAAGAAAAAUCACGCAAACGAAAUUGGGGUUGGAAGAAAAAAAGUAGUCUUUUUGUUUUGUUUUGUUUUUUUAAUCACCUGUAAAUGUCACAGGGUUCACUGGGGGAGGGGAGGGAUGUUGCUGCUGAGCCAAUGGAAUUGAAUGGAGCUUAGAGUCCCAAAUACCACCACAGCAUGGUUGGUUAUAUUGGAGGGUUGCGGCUGUUUUCAUACAAACAUGGGAUUUGUUAUGGCAUAAAGUCAUGGCAUUCUGAGUUCUAAAAAAAAAAACUAAUUUCUAGCCUUUAUGGCUGUGAAGAUAGGCUUGAAAGCCUGGUGAAAUCUCUGAGAGGGGCUAAGUGGAAUUUCUUGGGAUGGGGAGCACAAGGCUCUAGUGCAGAAGCGGAAUACAUUGUGCAAAAUAAGUGCACAUAUGCAGUUUUGCUUAAUUGGUCAGCUUUUCUUAGCACAGCAUUCAGCUUUUCUUGAUGUGGGGUUUAGAUGUUCUUCAUUUUUAAAGUGCAGAGUAUACACAGCCCUAGUUGUAUUCCCAUCAACUGUCUCCCCAGGGAAUUGCAGCUGUGUCUCUAUCGAAACUGUUUCUCUUGGGGGCAUGUUGUUGCCGAAUUCUUGGCCUGGAAGAUGCAGUUAAUCUAUUGAAAUGUGGGGUGGGGGCCCUCUGGUGGUAGGCUUCUUGGGAGUCAAAACAUCUUGUAGUCCCACAUAGAGACUGGGACUAUCUUGCCUAAACCACCCCCAAAGCCUAAUAUCCAUGCAAUAAUAGUUUGAAAAACAUCCAAAGAUGAGGGACUCCGCAGCCUGUUUGGUCAGCUUUUUGGCAUGGCAUUUUCUCCUUGUACUUAAAUCAUGACAUAAGCUUCCUGUACACAUGUGUGCACCUACACAGAGCAGCCCUAUAAAUAGAAGCUUAGGUUCCUUUGUGCUCAGUCAUGCGUUUCCACAAAAGGUAUUGAGAAGCAGCCAGCUCGCAUGGAUCACUUUAACUGUGCCCCUUCUUGCUGCAGAUCCUGUAGCUGUGCUCCUCCCCAAUUUCAACCCCACUAAUUUUCAACACCUGUUUUGACCCCAACUAACAAAUCCUGCAAGUCUUUUAUAAGCAAGCAUUACGGAGAUCUUUUCACAUUUAAAACACUGCCUUUCUUGCAUUAAUAUCUAUACUGUGCAACUCUGUAGUGUGUAGGUGUGUGUUCGCGUGUGCAUGUGUGUACCAAAACCUAUUAUCUUUAUGCAAUUUAAGCUGAAAUCCUGUGCAAUUUACCCAGGAUUAAGUCCCACUGAACUCACUGGGAGUUUCUCCUUAGUAAACAUGUAAAGGAUCAAUCCCCUAGGCCCUGAUGCUAUCUCUCAAAGGCUUUGGAGGAAGUCACAAUAUCUUUAGAGCUUCUCAAUAAUAAACCAAGAGAUCAUUGGGUGAACAUAGGAAGCUGCCUUAUAUGGAUGGAUGAGACCACUAAUCCUUCUAAUCCAGCACUGUCUACUGUUAUUGAUCUCAGUCCUCCAAAGCUUCAGGCAGAGGUCUUACCUAGCUUUGCUAUCUGAGGGCCAAGUGUAUCUUGCAAGAGAUCUGUGAAGAGUCUCCUAGCGGUUUUGUCUUUUACUAAUCAGAAUUUUCCUGGAACAGCAACAGCAGGUGUGUGAGCUGUAUUGCCAAAAUCAACACGCACACCCCAGAAGGAAGUCGGUAACUUUUGCAUACAUUUUCUCACCAAGAAGGGGAAGGAACAGGGUCUUUUAACUAGAUUAUCCUUUCACUGGAGGUGCCAGAGGUUCAACCUGGGGCCUUACACCUGCAAGGCAUAUGCUCUGCUACUGAGCUACUAGCCUUCCCCACAAGAGAACCUUUUGCUUAGUUCCAAACUGAAGCCAUCAGCUGCUUGAAGUGUGUUUCUUUAGCAGAUUUUUAAAGGCUGCACAAAUGUAAUGCAUGCACACGCAACAGGAAUACACACACACACAGCUUCCUCUCUUUUAUACCAAAUCCUUUCACAUAUUCAAUGAUUCCCUGAAUUAUUACUCCUUAAACUGCUUUUCCACUAUGCAAAAAUCUCCAGAGGGGCAGAAUUAGAACACUCUGGGCUCUCCUCCCCACCAUCCCCACUGUGCUUUUGUAUCCUUCUCCCUGCCCAUCUGCCCACCUUAACCUGUGACAGUGUUUCAGGUGAAGCCAUACUCUUUCCUUCUCCCUACAUCAGAAUCUUCUUGCAACAGAAAAGGAUGAAUGGGGUGGCAAGAAGAGCCUGCUUGUCUGGUCAUGAGUCGCACCACAAGCAACCCUUUCCAUUGAAUUGGAUCUCUCUUUAUAAGUCGGAGGCUCAUCAGUCCAUGAAUUGCACCUGUAAUUCCACUGGUGAUCCCUACCCACUUGGACCUCCUGCCUUGUCCUUCCAUUUUAUCAUGCAUCUGGCAGAAAAUAUGAAGCUUCUUUAAGCUGAAUCACACCACUGGGUCAGUUAGCCCAGUACUGCCUACUCUGGGCGGCAGUGGCUCUCCAGAAUUCCAGGCAAGAGUCUUCACUACCAGAAAUCUUUCCAUUGGAUGUUGAGCACUGAACCUGGGACCUUCACAUAAAGCAUGUCUUCUGCCACUGAGUAGUCCCUCCCCACUCAAACUUUUAUUUUAAAAUCAGGUUGUAUUGUGCUGGUCAGUAUUUCAGCCCAAACCCCUAAGAAGUGCUCCAGAAAUAUUCACAUGCGUCUCAAAACAUUUGCUCUGAAACACAGGGUCUCUAGCAGGAAUGUUGAAUGGACUUCCAUCUGCCUUCAAAAAGGGAAAGGUGGCAAAUGGAACCCCAAAGUGGGAGGAUCCAGCAUAUCUUUCAAUCUUAAGGGAUGUUAAUGAUUGGCUGACAGCCCAGAAUCACAUCUUAUAUUCAAACUUUAUAGGGAGCAUGCUAAGAUAAAACUGGUUAGUAUUCUCACCCACCCCCAUUUCCAAAGUUGUGGCGCAUUUGCCUGAAAAACAAAUACAUUUUUCCCAAUCCAUUGAGAAAGUAUAUUAUUUCUUAUGCAUACACAUAAGGCUUGCUUUUGUGAAUGGGCUGCCACCUAGUAGAAUAUUUGUGUUCCCUUAUCAAUGGGUUGACACACUUCGCAUCCAGUCAUCACAUGAACAUCAUGGAUGUGUGAAACAUUCCUUGAGCUGGAGAGUAAUGUAGCUUUUAAGAGAGGUGAAAGUGGUUUGUGGGAGUUUCUGCUUCCUUUUGUGUACACACGUACGCAUACACACAACUUUGUCCUAAUGUCAGCUCUGGUGAAAAAGUUUUUAGAAGUUUAACCUGAGCCAGAAAUGUGUGUACAUUGGAGGACUGCAAUGGUUAAGCAACUAUAAACGUGUGCCAAAUCAGGCAGCAGUUUUUUAAAAAAAUACGUUUUUCAUACAUGCAGGUAUAAAAUGUGCAGGUAGGAAGCCCCAUAUUAAGAAGCAUUCCCUCUUUUCUCACACAUGGGUAGGAACAUCUGUUGCAAGAUGAUGUCUGCUAUGACACGUGCAGUAUCUCUGAAGUGUGCUUCUUGAUUCAGAAAUAAUUGUUCUUGUGGUCUCUGUGCAAUCAUGCACAUGGGAUCUGUGCCAGCACAGAGAAGUAUUCUGGAAAUUUCUAAAGCUCCCUGUAGCAUUCUAUUCCCCGCACCUGAGGGAAACCCUGUAUGCUGUCACUGAUUUGAGGGCAGGAAGAACACUUUCCCCCCUCUGUUCUUUUUCUUCAACCUAUACCUUUACUUUUCUGCAUUUUUCCUCUCUGUCCUUUAAAGAAAAUCAAUUCAGUGGAUCGAUUAAUUAGCUAAAACACAGGAGCAUUAGAGUUGCACCCUUGUAUGUUGUAGACCACCCUUUGCCAACCUAGUGCUCUCCAGAUGUUUUGAUUCCAACUCCCAUAAGCCUCAGCCAGCACAGCCAUGCUGGCUGGGGCUUACAGGAAUUGCAGAGCAAAACAUCUGGAAGGCACCAGGUUGGCAAAGGCUGUUGUAGACACCCCAAGCAACAAUCCCUCUUUCAAAUCUAAUCAUAAACUCUCUGAUAAAGCUGUCCCCGGCCUUAACUGGGGGGAGUAGGGAAUCAGGAGUGUGUUCCAUUUGCAACCACUGGUUUGCAUUACAUUUCAUUACAUUUUGAAUGGGAGCUUUACUGCUGCCUUUGUGUUUGCUUAGCGCACAUUUUCUCUCUCUCUGGACUUCUGGGGAAAAAGAUGUACAGUAUUUUGAGAGCUGCAAGCUCUUUUAUAUUUCUCCAUAAUACACAGCUAGAGUGACCACAUGCAAAAACAAAACAAAAACCACAAAACUUGCAUGUAGAAAAGGAAAAUUUAGAAGCCAGAGCUUUUCUCCCCUCAGCAUGACCUGCUAAAAAAGCCUCUUCAGUACAGGUAGUAAAGAUACAGAUGUCCUGUCAUCCGUUGUAUCUAGUCCACCCUACAUGCAACAGCAACACUGCAGUUUCCAUAUGACGAUACAAGCACACUGCCCUGUGGUGGUGUUAUAUCUUGAGCCUCACAACUGCAAUCUACUAGCCAGCCUUUCAAGCCUCCUCCCUGCCCCCAGCCAGCUCCAUAGCUCAGUUUUAUGUUUCUGGAGAUUAACAUACUCCUCUGCCUUACCUUUUGGCAUGCAAGUGGAAACUGCCCAAAAGCAUGCAUUGAAAGACAGGAACUAUCUGCUGUUUUGCUACUCAGUAAUAGCCCUGCCACUGACAGUCAAAGAGGAGUUCAGGGGCUACUAAUAUGCAUUCAGUGAUCAUUGGCUCAUCUUGUGGUCAAGCCUAAAUCCUUGAUGUAUUCAGAAAAGCAACUGACCAGGAGCUGCCCAUUCAUCAGCUAAUUUGCCAGUCUACCUCCUUCAUUUGGAAGAAAAGCCCCUCUACCCAUCAUUUCCUGAGAUAGUGUUAGGUGUGCAGACAGAUUAGGCCUCCCCUUUGGUUCUGGCAUGAGGCAGCCCAUGGCUCCUGCUGAUAUCCCUUCUCUUGUGGGAGGCUGCGUACAACAAAGAUUGCUGCCACACUUAAUCAUGUCAGUUGUGCGCUCUGUGGAGGAGGCCGAAGGCUGUCUUCCCCUGCUGCCACCUGUGUACUACCAGGCAAGGCAGCAGAACUGGCACUCCAGGGAUCCCCAGUUUUGAGAGGACUUUGAAGACCAUCCAAGGGUCAGCCACGUGCACAGACUUAACAUCUUUUUAUUUAUGUGGGAGCAUUACUCUGAUUCUGUGUGUCAUGUAUGUGUGUGGUGUGAGCCAGAUGUGUCCAUAUGUCGUCGUAAGCAUUGGGCCAAGUAUCUGAACAUCUCUGUGCAUAUGCAUUGGGCUAGAUGUCAUUCAUGUGUGUGUGUGUGUGUGUGUCUGCAUCCAUACACUGGGCCUGAUCCCUGAACACAUGUUUUAGGGUUGUGUGUAUGUAAAUAGAUAUCCAAGCUUGGGAGUGUUGUGUAUAUGCAGUGUUGAUCAACUCAGGCGUAUGUGUAUGUAGAGUGUGCAGGCUGUUUUUCUGUGUAUUCUAAUUUUCCAUUGGACUAUGAACAAGACUAGUAUAAAUUCCUCCCUCUAUAGUUUGGAAACAGUUUUCAUACCUGUGUGCAUGUGUGUACCUGUGCAUUUCUCCUUCCAGUUGCAUAUCUGACCUGUGACUUCUGUCCCUUGCAUAUUUGGGGCAGGAGUAUGUGUCCUCAUACCCUGGAUCCCAUGCACAUGUCAUUUGUUGACUGUGGCCAAGUGAAUGCUCUUGGGGUUGCAAGUGCUGGGGCUGAGGUCUCUCCUGGCUGUAAGUUUGGAACUAUUGAGACAGGCAUUGGGGGGGUGUCUAUUUUACAGACCUGAUAUGUGCAUAUUAGAGGGUGCUCAAAGGUAAAUGUGACUUGUUUUUAGGUGUGGGUCUCUGGUUAGUUUGUAUGCUCUUGGCUGGGAUUUGCUUUCCCCAUCUCCUUUUCAUGUUGCUAUCCUUCCUGUUCAAGUAUGAAUGGGCAACCCACUUUCUCUGUGUCUCCUUGUCAAUUUCCCCUCGCCUGUCCUAUCUGAUCCCAGAGGGGCUGAAGCACUUGCCAUUCCAGCUCAGCUCAGCCUCAUCUUGACCAGAGCUUGGAAAAGUUACUUUUUUGAACUACAACUCCCAUCAGCCCCAGCCAGCAUGGCCACUGGAUUGGGCUGAUGGGAGUUGUAGUUCAAAAAAGUAACUUUUCCAAGCUCUGAUCUUGACCCAGUCUCUUACCCUCACCCUACCCCAUCCACUUCCUCUUCUUUCUGGAGGCCUUAAUGCUAUUCCUUUUCCAGCCACCAGGGGCACACUUUCAUACAUCAAGCAGUGUACAGUCUAGUCUGUAUUUGUAAAUCUUGUACAUAUUUUAUACAUAGCCAGUCUAGGUAAAAAUCUCUGUGUGUAGGGAGGUAUGAUUACUGGCCUGCAAAGCAGUUAGACACCCCUGAAGAUCAGGAAAGGAGAGGGGCAGGGUACUAAUUUCUCAUUGCCUCAUGCCAAAUAAUGAAGUCUCCUUACAAAGUAAUAUUUUGAUCUUCUGCACUCACCGUGCGAAUCCAACUGUAGGAAGUGGAUGAGGAGGGGGAGGAGCUGAGAAAAUUUGUCACCAUCAGUUCCAUCUUGAAGCAAAAUCCACAUGCUUAUAUGUAUAUUUGGUGGGUGUACUCGAUUGCACCUAUAGAGUGAGUGAGUGUGCAUGUGUGUACAUAUAUAAAAACAUAGUUCUAUUAGCCGUGUGUUACUAAACAUGCAGAGAUUCCCUAUGCAUACAAAGUGUAACCCCCCCUGUGCACUUUGCACGAUUUCGUGCCGCACAAACUGCUGCCUGUAACCCCUCCCAAAUUGUGGUUGGGGCAGGGGAAGAAAUAACAUCCAUCCACCUCAUAGUCCAGUUUACUCCCUUAACUCUUUCUCUUCUUCACUUGAUGAGAACCUUUGAGGGUCCAGGAGGUGACAUGGUCCUGUCCCACUGGAAGCAGACAUUUGUGAAUUCAGCAUAGGCUCAGGUGUUAUAACUGUAGGGUUGAUCCUGCUGCACUCGGUUUUAUCUGCUAAGUACCCUGGAAUCAUGUGGCUGAGCUGUUUGAUUAGCUUCUUCCCUUGCACUAACUUGACAACUUUGUCCAGUCUGUCAGUCUUUUUAUUUAAGGAGGGCCUCUAGCUGCAGCCUUUGAACUCUUAAAGGAAAGUGAGUGAUUUAUCAUAACCUUUUUGGGGUAGGGCUUUUCCUUGAGACCCACUUCAUACAUACAUGCACAUUUGCAGUAGCGGAAAGAGGGUUUGCAUGUGAAUGAACGAUCUCAGAGAAUCACUAUAGCUACAACUCUCACAUCACUUGAGUCCAGUUCCAGCUUUCUCUGUGGAAUUAAUCCACAUCAUUAAUAGAGGCUCCAAGAGGUGGUAGUGUGAAUCAGCCCUUAAAACAUCAAAGUCAUCCAAUUGUUCCCCAGAAUGGAGGGAGAAAAGGGACAGGGACACUAAGACUCCUUCACAGGGUUUACUCAGGUCAUGAGGUUGUGGCAUCUUAGCCAAAGAAACCUUUCCACGCUGGGCAUCUCCUUGGCACCAGUUAUGUAGGCCAGACUCUGGGUGAACACACAUCCAUUCUCAUCCUUUCAAAAGGAGUAAAUAUCUUGCUGUAGGGCCAACCAGUAUCACACACCCUUCCUGCCCCUCCCAUGCCCUGAAGGGGAAAUAGAUAGCUUUUGCAUACAUACUUUAAAAGAGGAGUGGAAUCUGCACAUUUUGAGUUUGUACCACGGAUAUAUGCAAGACACUUCCAUCUUGGGAAAAACCAAAUGAGUUCUGUUAUAAAGUUAGCAUAGUGUACCAAUCUUCCUACAGAGGGCAUCAUGAAACAUCUUGCAAUGACUGCUGGGUCAAGAAAGUGCUUGUGCCUCAACCCAACAUUUAGAAAGGGGGAAAGAGCUCAGGGUUAAUCCUCCCAUAAAACCCUACCCUCUCAGGUGCCACUCACAUCAUCAUGCCAAUCCUUUCCUAUUUUGCCUCUUAAGGCUAAGGAACAGGACAAGGGGAAACAGCCAACAGAUGCCAGUCUCUCCACUUUUUGUGGCUACUGAGCGGCAUCUCUGCUAAUUGCCAUCCAACCUAUCUUUAGAUGCAUAAGGCCUUUGUAGCCAGUAGCAGGAGGUCUUGUUCCUCUGGGAAUAGCACCCCCCAACAUCACCUCCCACCACCCCAAGCACUUGAUGACUUUGACAAUUUGUGGAUAGGAGCCAGUUUUUUCCACACCAGAGGCCUAUUUGUAAAAAAAGAGGGGUGUCUCUCUUCCUGCACCACUUCUCAGUAUUCCUUUGCCAAGUACAUACCUCAUAUACUUCCUGUUGAUGGUACCCCACUGGUCUUUUCUGCACCUCCCCCUGCCCCAGCUGAUCUUAGUUCUGCAAGGAUAUUACUUAAGGGGUUGCAAUGUUAGAUUCAGACUAGAAGGUUUGGGGAUAAGAGAUACAAGUUUCCAUUAAGGGGGCACACACCCCCAUACUAUGCAUUGUGGUUUUCCCCCCCUCACAGUCCAGAGCAGGGAAAGAAACUGUGAGCAGGGAGCUAUUAGUGAAUGUACGUUUGGGACAUGGGGUUUUCAAUGUGUUUCAGAAGGGGUGUUGGGUCAAGGAGGGGGGUCUGAGGGAGGGACAGCAAGGUGGGAAAAUGGUCUCCCUCCUCAUCUUUAUCCCCUUUCCCCCUCCCCUUACUUUUUUUAUGUCUGGGAAGCAGGAAGCUGCUGAUGUAAAAAUACGACAAUCACAAUUUGUCUGUGACGUGCGAUUUUGAAAAAAAAAAACCCUGAAAAGUCUAGGGUGGGGGGAGGAAAACAAACCCUUUUUUGUGUUUUUGGUCAGGAUUUUAAAGAAAGAUAUUUUUAUGGUAAUUGUUGCUGGUCUAUUUUACUAUAUAUUUAUGUAAUAAAUAUAUGAUUAAAAAACAAACAAACCUACCCU